UACUCCUCUCCUUCAACCAGCAAAAGCCAUGGCGACCGAGCCGGCGUACGCGCCGCCGACCAAGUCCGGCAAGGUGGGCUUCGAGGGCCCGCAGGAGGUGCUGCACAGGGUCCGCAUUACCCUCUCGUCCAAUAACGUCAAGAACCUCGAGAAGGUGUGCUCCGAUCUGGUGAAGCGCGCCAAGGAGCAGCCGCUCAGGGUCAGGGGGCCCGUCAGGAUGCCCCCCAAGGUGCUCAACAUCACCACCAGGAAGUCCCCCUGUGGAGAAGGUACCAACACCUGGGAUCGGUUUCAGAUGCGGGUGCACAAGAGGGUGAUCGACAUCAUCAGCUCCCCGGACAUCAUCAAGCAGAUCACCUCCAUCACCCUCGAGCCCAGCGUCGAGGUCGAGGUGACCAUCAGCCAGUAGUCAUCCCUCAUGCUACCCUACCACAACAGCACCAUCUUUAAUCUAGGA